GGCUCGGCAGUCAUGCCGUGUUCCAGAAAUGCUGUGCAGAUACGAUUGCAUAGGGGACUAGAGAGAGGAUCCUCAAAUUGCGUGAUUCACCUGCACUCGCCUCCCGUUACCGCUGAACGGAACCAUACGCCAUGAAGUUAGGCUUGAUCUCUGCCGCUGCCGCCCUGGGCGCCACGCGGGUCGCUGGACACGCCACCUUCCAGGAUCUCUGGGUCAAUGGCGUUGAUAUGGGCGAAUCGUGUGCGAGGUUGCCGUUGUCCAACUCACCGGUGACGGACGUAUCGUCGAAGGAUAUCGUUUGCAACACGGGGACGAGUCCUGUCCCCGGCAAGUGCAGUGUGGCCGCGGGCUCGACAGUGACGGUUGAGAUGCACCAGCAACCUCGCGAGCGCUCCUGCUCCUCUGAAGCGAUCGGUGGCGCGCACCACGGGCCGGUACAGGUUUAUCUAAGUGCGGUGUCAGACGCUUCGACCGCGGACGGGUCGACACCGUGGUUCAAAAUCUUCGCCGAUACCUGGGCGAAGAAUCCGUCGGGCGGUUCCGGAGACGACGACUUCUGGGGCACCAAGGACCUCAACACCUGUUGCGGUCUCAUGGACGUCAAGAUCCCCGCCGACCUCGCCCCGGGCGACUACCUCCUGCGUGCCGAGGCACUCGCUCUACACGCCGCCGGCCAGAGCGGUGGUGGCCAGUUCUAUAUUACGUGCUUCCAGCUUACCAUCACGGGCAGCGGCAGCGCAAAACCCGCAGGCGUGUCGCUACCCGGAGCCUACAAGGCCAGCGACGCGGGUAUUCUCGUUAACAUCCAUUCUUCGCUGUCGGCUUACGUCGCUCCUGGCCCGGCUGUCUACUCGGGCGGGUCGACAAAGAGCGCGGGCUCGGCGUGCGUUGGUUGCGAGAGUACUUGCACGGCCGGAAAGGGCCCCUCCAGCUCGGCCGUCGGCAGCCCUACAUCGACAGCGCCGCAACCGACCAGCACGGGCGGGUCUGGAUGCUCUGUCGGGUUGUAUGGUCAAUGUGGCGGGAUCGGAUUCACUGGCUGCACCGCUUGUGCCAGCGGAACUUGCAAGGCACUUAAUGACUACUAUUCGCAGUGUGUCUAAUAAGAGCCGGAAGCUGGUGAACCUGCGAACGCGUGUCUUAGUAUGCGAGCAGGGAACGGGCGCAUUUUGAGAAGGGAGCCAUUCUUAAUUUAGUGGCCGAAUUGUUAACGUUGUUCAUGUUGAUAUUGGUUCGCUCGAGCUCGCGCUUUGAAUCGGUCUGUGAACUAUUGGUAUCAACGACCGGUCGUGACGAUUCCUCUGUAUAAAGUCUAAGCCUUGCCAUCUGUGUUCCCGGGUAUCAUACCAAAAAUAACAAGCAUGGGCCGACCAUGCGUAGGACGCCACAGGCCAGACCAACAUCCCCAUGCCAUCGUAUCCAAACACACGGGGUAAAAAAAAAAAAAAAAAAAAAUCAAGCCGGGGGACCUAUAUAGUUCUCACGGCCGUGUAUCAGGUACCACCCCACUGAAAUGACGGUAAAUCCCACGAACACAACCGAGGCGUAGUUCAUGAGACUAGGGUCGUCGACCGGAACGGUAGAAGGCAUGCAGAACAGCGGAAUCGCUAGUAGGGACCAAGCUAUC